UACUCAUAAAACUGCGAUUUUUUUUUCUAAAAUUAAAAAUCCGAUAAGGCCCUUCGACCUGCAAAUUUUGUUAAUUUGAUUCUUCAUUCCAACAGAAAACUUUGGAGGGGCUGGAAUUGUCAGAAUCAAGAAAUUUUCAAUUAUAACUCAAAUUUUUAUCUUAUUUCUACUGUAGGUUUUCUGGGAACUUCAUACUCUGUUAAGAAUUGGGAAUUUUUGCUGUGCUCGCAAGGUGGAUAUGGGAUCCGAAGGACCUAAGAAUAUCACAUUUCAUGUUACUGGUUUCAAGAAAUUUCAAGGAGUGACAGAGAAUCCAACAGAAGCCAUUGUCAGUAGUUUAAAUGAGUAUGUCUCAAAAAAUGGCCUUCCUACAGGGGUGCAACUUGCAAGUUGCACGAUUCUUGAGACAGCUGGUGAGGGGGCGAGACCAGCACUUUAUGAAUUGUUUGAGAAAGGUGCCUCAAAUCCGGACAAUGAAUCAGUUGUGUGGGUUCAUUUGGGAGUGAAUAGUGGUGCCCAAAAGUUUGCCAUUGAAUGUCAAGCAUUCAAUGAAGCAACUUUUCGCUGUCCUGAUGAGCUCGGGUGGCAACCACAGCAAGUACCUAUAGUCCCCGACGAUGCAGAAAUAUCUAAUACGAGACAGACUACGUGCUCAGCGGAUUCUAUUCUUAGUUUCCUAAAGAAGAAAGGCUUCAACGUGAUGAAGUCAGAUGAUGCUGGUCGUUUUGUAUGUAAUUACGUGUACUAUCACUCUCUCCGGUUUGCAGAAGCUAGAGGCCACAAGUCUCUUUUCGUGCACGUUCCUCUUUUCUCUAAGAUCGAUAAAGAAACACAAAUGUGUUUUGUAACCUCCCUCCUCGGGGCUAUUGCAGCUACAUGCUGAUACUCAUGAUACAAAGCUCCUAGAAAAGAGUUUUUUUUUUUUUAGUUAGGCUUGGAUUAAUGUUGUAUACUAGUGUGCCGAUGUUCAUGUUGAUUCAGCAAAAGAGCUGUAAUACUAUGUAUGUGAUAAUUAUUCUUUGCCUCGCUUGCUGCUUGUUAGCAAUGGAACUGAAGUUCCUCUUUACAUUGAUCAAGGGAUAUUGCAUCAAAAUCAGUUGAGUUAUUUGAUAGGCAAAAGUGCAACUGUUUGUCCUUAAAAGUUAGCAUUCUUUGUUUCAGAAACACUUGGAACAGGUUUUACUUAGCAAAAAACUUGUAUAUACAGAAUUGCAAAUUUACUCAUAUUUGUGAACAUUGGGCUUAUUGUAUUCACAAAUGUUCACAUAUUUGUGAAAUGAAUGGACUCCGUUAAAGGGAGACUUUUAUGUGAAUA